AUGCCAAGGCUGUGUUUGUUUGGUCUGGCUGCCAGCCAGAUACGAGGUCUAUGUGUAAAACACAGCCUCGGCUGCUCUCCAUGCAUCGUGGCGUGUACAUUGCCCCAUCCCCCUCCCUUCCACAUCGCCUACAAUUCAGGCGAUCAGGCUACCACUACUAAACUAAUCUCCUACUGUUUGCCUACGAUGGCUUACUUACCAUAA